UCAAGGAUGAAGGAUCCGUCGUGUUACCGAGGCAGCUCAGCUCUCCUGCUUCCGCAGCAGUGGGCGGGCGGCUGGCACUGGUUGUGCUCACGCAGUGCCGAGCAUGCGCAGGAAACAUGGGCUUUGGUCGUCAGGCAACUGCAUUGGUGAGCUUGAAGACACCAGGAUAUGCUUAGUUGAAUGAAGCGUUUGAAGAAGUAUGCUGCAAUUGGAAUUGGAUCGGCGUAGUGACACGGCAGGGAUUAGUAUCAGCAGUGGCUGGCUUAUUCCCCUGGCCUGCGUUGGGGAGCUCAAGGGAUCACAGCAUUCAGGCAUUCAGCUAGAUGUUCAUAUUGCAGAGACCAAUCCCAGCGGUUGUAAUCUUUCAAUGUGGAGGUUCGUGAACCAGAGAUAUCAACAACUGAUACCCGAGAUUGAAAUGAAGAACAAUCGGAGCAAUUAUGUGUGUACAUAUGUGGUAUCUCUAUUCUCUGAAUGAAGACCACAUAAUGCUCAAUUCAAUGGAGUGCCUGAAUGAAGAACCAUGCUGAAACUGGAAUCGGAAUGGUGCAGCCAGCAGUGGUUGGCUCUGCAUGGCUACUUCCUCUAGCCUGCAUUGGGAAGUUCAAGAGAUCUCGAAAGCCAGGCAUUCAAAAAGAUGGUUCAUACUGCAGACAUGUGUACUGUGUCCCAGUGGUUGUAACCUUCGUUAAGAGGACGUCUGCCGAAGAUUUUGACAACUGGUCAACAAAGUACCUGAGAUCAAUAUCAUGAGCAAUCAAAGCAGUGAUGUGUGCAUAUUUUGGUAUCUCUAGUGUGAAAAGGGCAGACAUUGUUCAUGGUCAGUUACAAUUAUCAGACAGGCAAGCCCAUCUAAUGAAGAUAGCAGGCAACAAUAUAGAAGGCCUGCAUUUCCCUUCCAGGAGACCCCCUGACGCAGAAAACAUCACACCGUGUAUCAGGCUAUCAACCGUGAUUGGCGAGUCUCAACAGAACCAACCACCUCGUGAUCGAGCCAGGCUCCCAGGCCUCAUCAGUAUAAAGAGAGGAGGGCCGGACUCCAGAGCCUAUUCCUGAAGACCCCAGUUAGUUACCAAGGCCUAUUCAUCACGCGUUCCCUCCAAAACUCGAAGCAAGAAACCAAGAACUCCACCGACGCCAAGAAGCAGCAAUGUCGCUGCGUCGUUCCAGCCCCACCAGCUCGGCGGACGAGACCUUGGAGGAUAAGCUGCUUCGCGCCGUCGCGAGGGAGGUUCAAGAGAACACCAGGGCUAUCGCCUCCGUGCAGCAGCCGCCGCCGUCGCCGCCGCCGCCCGGAUGCUGCACGUCAACGCCGUCAAGUUUGGUGCGGGGGUUAUCUAGGAGGGUCUUUGGCACCGCCACGGGCUCCUCCGCUCGCUCCUCGCCGACCCAGAGGACGCUGCCAAGAAGCCCACCUCGGGGACAGGCGUCCUCUGACGUUACCGGCACGUCAGGAUCGGCGCCAGGGGUGGCAGCAAGAACCGGUAGCGAGGAAGAAGCCAAGCCAGAGCAGGAACAAGCGGCCCUCACAAGGUCUGAUUACGGUGCGAUGAUGCGAAGCGCGUUGGCGAAUAUCCAGGAGGACGGCGAGGGCCAAGAGCAGGUGCCGUUCACCAAGAUGGAGGAGGCGAUGACAGGUUUCAUGGAGCUCGCCUACGGGAAAGCGGAGCUCCCGAAUCCACCGGAGCUCCCUCGCGAGUUCGCUUCCAGAUGGCCGCAUGAUGAUGGUGAUCUGUCGCACAGUGGAGUAAUGGAUGAUCCUGUUAUAUUGGCUUCUGGAUAUUCAGUUGAUCGAUCAUACCAUCGAUGGUUCUGUCAACUGGAUAACAUAUGCCCAAUUACUAAUAAGACCUUAUCCCACUCUUCCACUGCUCCAAACCACCUCCUCGGUGAUAUGUUAGCUGCAUGGCAUCUUGAUCACAUGACCCAUUCCCCAGCUAGCAAUGCUGAUAAACUUUCCAUCCCCGUGACACCUUCAGUGGAGCAAAUUCAAGACAUCUUACAAAAAUUCUCAGAGCAUCCAGUGAUGCAGGAAGAGGCUUUGCACGAGAUCCAGCUACUCUCCAAAAUCUCCAAGGGAGAGCAACCUUGCCUUCAGAGGUGGCCAGGGCUGCUUCCAGAGCUGAUAGAUCUUCAGAAGAAUUGGAAAUCAACAUGGAAACAGAAUCUGGAGGAAGAGAGGCUCGGAGUAAUCCUUAACUUGUCUGUCCACAGGCCCAACAGGGAGAUCCUUGUUAGAGAGAACCGACUCCCAGUUGCUCUAAAAGAGAUUGUCACUAAGCUACAUAAGCAUGGAAGUCCAGCAUCAGCUUUCGCAAAGGUAGCUUCCAUAGUUGCCAUCCUGUCAGAAUUUGACAUGUUCAGGAAAGGGAUACUGGAUAUUGGCGGGAUGGAAAUGCUCCGGGAUCUGCUCAAAAUUGAGGAUGCUGUUGUAAGGAAGGAGGCUGUCACUGCAAUCCGUGGACUCUGCACAGAUGAGGAAGGAAAGACAAAUGCUCAAUCAUAUAACGUGUCUGAUGUCCUGCUGGAAUGCCUCACUGUCAGUGACGAGGUCCUGCUUCUACUUGAUUGUCUUCCGAAAGAUCCGUGCAUGGUGGAUAAGAUGUCUGAGAAGGCUGUGGAUUUGGUGAAUAUCAUCAUGGCUGGACAGGGAACUGGGCCGGUUACUCCUGAGGUCACUUGCUCUGCAAUUUCCUUGGUUCAUGCUAUUGUUCAGAGGGACGCACAUAAGAUGGGGCAAGUGAAAAACCUGGAGGACUUUAAGGAGCGGCUGAUGGAGCUGUCAUCAGGUAGAUUACCGAUGCAGACAAUGUUACAGGUGGACACGAUUAUCAACUCUUCCAUAAUGCAGUUCUGGUGACUCGUGUGGCUCCCAAACAGCCAGAGAUUUACUGGUGUUUUGCUUAGUUUUCUGGAGAAGUUUGAAUUGUUGGCUGUGAUGGAAGUUUUGUGAAAACACAAAUAAUCUUGCUUCACUACGUUUUGGGUGGUCGUACUGAAUAAUUUUCCUCAAGAUAGAUGACAAUGGCGGACCAGAGUGUACAUACUUGUGAUUUUGUACAAAAACAUAGCUCAAAGCUACUGUAAGUGGUGCUAGCAUUCGUUUUCCUCGGAUUGUAAAUCUGUGAGAUGAACAAAUGACCUUUAUUCUUUUACUUGUA